GUUUACAAUUAGCAGACCACGCACGCAUUUAUUAUGAAAAUAUGAGACGGAGUGUUGAUGAAAUGUGUUGACUUUUGCAAGUUCUUGUGCAAUACAUUCCCAAUAAAUUUACUUACUUCAGUUCUUGACAUUGAUAACUGAAUUCGUACUUGGAGUUUAGACUGAAGCCACACUAACUUGAACUCGACAACGUCAAAGAAACAUCUUCGAAAAAUCUGAAAACUGUCAGUGUCACAGUGUCAAUUGAACUUGAAGUUGUAAGAUUAUAUCAGCGAGUCCUGUGAGUAUGGCUUCAUCACAGCUGGACAACAUCUUUGAUACAUUCAUUGAGAAUCUAGAUAUGGUGAUCAACAAGCUGAAGGAAGAGGACUCGCCUCGACCUACAUCACCUUCUUACAACUUAGAAGAUUUCUGGAAGAAACUUGGAACUGCGUUUGAGUCCGUUUCAACGGAAGCCACAAAGCUAGCCGUUUGGUUUAGUAAGCCGCCAUUACCCAAGCCAGACGAAUGCCAGUCGCUUAUCGCCAGCGUUGAGAUGUCAGCCAUAGCCUUAGUGUCUGCUUUCUACGGGCUGCCUAAAGAGAAAGGAGUAAUUCUCCGCAAAGGCACACGGCAUGCAGUGACUGAAGUAGUGGAAGGAAUGAAGGCGCUCACCAAGCAAAUCAAAGAUGACCAUUAUCACAGUAGUGAGAGCCAGCUGCGUCGGACAGGCAAUGUGUGGGAGUGUUGCGAUGCAAUCAAGAUGCUCCCAAGGAACAACAGGGAUGCCCUCCUAGGAGUGCUGAGGGAUGCGGGAGGACUUGUCAAAGAUGCAGUGGAAGAACUCACAGAGCUCCAGGAAACAGGCGGCCAAUCACAAGGCUGGGAAGACCUUGACCCGGUUAUCAGCGGGACGCCCUCUAGUGACUCCAACCUGCAGGAGGAGGGCUGGAGCGAGCAUGACAGGACCCUGCUCCCUCCCAGCAUGGGACUCCUGAAAGCCGCCAAGUCCUGCGUCAAGAAAGUCUCUGGUGCAGUGCGAGCUAACGGUCAGUGGGAGGAGGAAUCAUUGGCGGCACAGCUGGAUGAUUUGGGCGAGAUCGCUGAGCGGAUCAGCCCGGCUGCCGACGACAUGGUCAUGUGCUUGUAUCCACAAAUCAGACAUCAGGAUGUCAGGCAGAACGCUAACAAACUGGCUGAGGUCCUCCUGAGUCUUCUGGAUAGAACCAAGACGUCUCAUGUUGCUAAGGAGGCGGACAACGCCUGGCUGACCUUCCUAAGCAAAGCCGUCGACCACAACCUGGAGAAAAUCACGCAUCUGACUGCCCCUGCACCGAACGACGACACAUAAGGGAAGCAGCCAAGCCCCAAUGGACCAGGCAAUGCAUUUUAACUCAUGUUAUCUUAGCACAAGUCAGCUGGACAUGCCAAGUUGCCAACCCACUCCAGCUGAAGUGUAUUGGCAGAUGCUUUGACUCACCAGGCAAAUGAAUUCUGGUGCGCAUAAAAAAAAUGCCAAUAGAGGCCUUAUUAUCUGUCAGUCCGGUAAUGAUCUGGAGCCAUAUUCAUGAAACCUUACUAACUUAGCAGCCAACUAGACCUUAGAAAGGUUUCAUGAAUAUGGUGCCAGGAGGGAUAAGGCAAAAUGUUCCACCUGUUGGCUGAAUAUGCCAAUAUGUGUGGAGUACAUUGGAGGAUGCAAACCUCACUCAGCAAGCAUUUCCUGUGGAAUCAUAUGGAUGUUCAUCUGAUGUUCAGAGGUUAAGCUUGGGAGUUUUGAAUGCUCACCGCUGUGUCUAUGUCCAUGUCCAAGGGCAUUCUCUUGGCGGACGUUGAAAUGUUUUGGAGGGUGGUAGUAGAUCAAGAGUUAAAGAAUAUUAUUUAUAUAAUCUGAGUGGUUUUUGAGACAUAUGUGGGUUCUCAGACAAAAAGGACUUU